AUGGCAACCCUCAAUCCCCCACCAGGAGCAGCAGCAGCACUCCCCCCGCUCCUCCGCCUCCCCCCCGAACUCCACCUCCUAAUCGCCACGCACCUCUCCCACCUUUCCCAACUCUCCAAACCCACCCACCCCGCCCUCACCGCCCACUCCGCCCUCACCGCCCUAACCCGUACCAACCACUAUCUCUACCACGCCCUCACCCCGGUCCUACACCACCUCUCCAUGACCAGCGCACUCACGCAGCAACCCCGUCUGCGGCACACGAUAACUUACAACCAUCCCCUCCUGCUAUCAACACUCCUCCACUACUACCGCGACGUGGCGCGCCCACCCACCGGCGAUCCCCGCGCGCUGCCCUGGACCCUCGAGGAAGCGCUGCGCUUCGCCGUGCAGCGGAAUAGGCCCGCGUGCGUGCGGGUGCUGUUGGACGCUGGCGCGGACCCGGAGGCACAGGCAGAUCCGGCGAGGAGGUGGUACACGCCGCUGCUGAGGGCGGUGAUUGGCAGGAACGUUGUGAGGGUCGGGGAGGUGCUGGGUAGGGAUGCGGAUGUUAAUGCUCGCGCGUCGGAUGGGAGGACGGUGCUGCGGUGUGCGCUUGCUUCUGGGGAUAAGGAGGUUGUUGCCUUGCUGGUGCGGCAUGGAGCGACGCUGGGUGAAAUGGGGACGGGCACGCUAGGAGUGUCGCGCGAGAGGGAGGGCGAGGAGGUGGAUGGUGUUCAGUAUGCAGCUGUUACCGUAUUUCGGAGAGGCGAGAUAGUUGGGAUGUCUGGUGGCUGUCGAUGA